AUGAUUUUCUCGAAUACUUUGCGUCAGUCCGUGGAUAUCACGGCUCCACUGAUGAUCCAAACUCAGAAACUCUCAUCAUUGGCCUUUAAUUUGUCUGACGGUGUUGCUCUCCGAUCUGGUAAAGAUUUAACGAAGGCUUUGCAUAAGUUGCAUUCAGUUCAGUCCACGCCCAAAUUGCUGCCAUUUUUUGGAUACCUUCUGUGUUUCCAAAAUGUGAUAGUUGGUCCAUUCUUUUUUUAUUCGGACUAUUUAUGCUACAUUGAGGGACGUGAAGAAGACCUAAUUGCUGAUGAUUCUGAACGCGAUAUUGUUGUAGCUCUUAAAAAGCAGGCGUUCUUCUGCGUAUUUCACUUCAUUCUUGCAUUUUAUGCCUCUGGCCGCUUUGUACCCGAGUUCCUCACAUGUAUUUUAUUUUGGGAAUCGUUAAGAGUGGGAAAACGCAUCUUGUGCUUUCUCUUCCUAGGCGCACUUGCGAUGCUGAUUUCUGGGUUUGGAUUUUCCGGGUUCACAUCAAAUGGAACUUUGGAGCCAGAGUAUCGGAACGCAGUCAACGUUCGUUUUUUUGGAAUCGAGGUAAAAAGGUCUCCUGGGGGUGACUACAUGGGUAUUUACGGGCUUGUGCCUUGUCACCAAGCCGCCGAUGGUACCAACAUAGGCCAGAUCGUUCUCAGGAUUGGCUGGAUCGGCAAAAAAGUAAUGAACGUUUUCGAUGUUACGGAUGUCUGUAGAAUCUCGGGUUACCUCUAG